CAUCGCGAAGAAUCGGAAGUUUCCCCCGGUCUUCGUUCCCGUUCGGUUUCUCUUGUGAAUCGAGAGUGCGUUGUGGCGGAAUUGCGGCGAACUAUGUCGGUGGCGUUGCAUAGUAACAGGAGGGUUGGAAUCGAGCCCCCUGGGUUCUCGAUCGGCGCCGCCCUGCCCUCGAUCUUCGAUUCGCCGGAUCUCGAUUCCGCCGGCGGCGAGGGUGGGGCGCCGACGCCGGCGCGGAGCUCGUCUGAGUCGUCUUCGAUCGGGAAGAACAGCGACGACACCGGGGACCGGUCGUCGGGAGGGGAGGACGUCGACGAGAACGAAGUGCAGAGCUCUUACAAGGGGCCUCUGGAGAUGAUGGAUGCGUUGGAGGAGGUUUUACCCAUGAGGAGGGGCAUAUCGAAGUUCUAUGAUGGCAAAUCAAAAUCUUUCACGAGCUUAGCAGAUGCUCCUUCUUCGUCUGUUAAAGAGAUCGUGAAACCGGAAAAUGCCUACAGCAGAAGGCGCAGAAACAUCCUCGCAUCCAGUCACGUGUGGGACAGAAGCCGCAAUUUCCCCCUUAGAAGCAACAUAGCGGGGAUAUCUAAGAGACCGCUCAGCUCUAGCAAGAGUACAUUCGCCUUGGCGGUUGUUAUGUGCAACUCAGAAAGUUUUAGUUCCACAAGUGAAGACUCUAGUACGAGCUCGGCCUCACGAUCUCCUCCUCGGCUUCCACCUCUUCAUCCACGAGGAAAGGGUUCUCAUAACCAGAUAGCUUCUCCUCGACAGAAUUUCUCGCCUUGGCGGUCAUACUCCUUGACUGAUCUGCAGCAGUGUUCUAACCGACCGAGCUCAGUCCUUUAUGACUCGGUUACUGAAAAAGCUGACCCCGAGGAAUUAGCUUGAGAUCUGUAGAUUGUGCUCGGCUCAGUUCGAUUUAGUUCCCACGCAGUUCAUUCCCUUUUUGGGGGUUGUAUGGUUUUUAGUGAGGUUUUGGAUACAUCUUCAACUUGUACUAAUUUAUUUCUCUAUGAGGGUAGCAGGACAUUGCAAGACUACGAGGUGGGCAGCGUUACUCAACAUCCGAGGUUCAAAGCCAUUGAUUGCCCUUGUAUUUAGCGGGACGAUGAACUGGAAGCUUUGUAUAUAUGUUCAUUUGCAUCGUAGAAAGUGAAUCCUAUCUGCAAAGUUGAUGUGUUUUCUGCC